AUGUUAUUUUUCUAUUUGCCUGUUCUCUUUCAUUUUAUUAUUUUCUGCUUUAUAGUUUAUAGAAUAAUUUCUAUUUUCCCCAUUCUUGUUUUCUUCGUAUUCGUUCUUUUGUCGUCUUUCUUUUAUUCAUUCUUGUCUCUUCUUUCUGAUUUACACUUCUUCUUUCUUCAUCUUCCUUUUUCAUCAUUCUUUUCUCUUUUUAACAUGCUUUCUUUUCUUCGUCAUUUUUUCAUUUUCUUUUUUCUUUUUCUUUGGUCGUUUACAUUUCCUUUCACUUUUUUCAUCCUAAUCAUGAAUUAUAACAACCUUAAGAUUUUCAUACUAUAUAUAGAAUUCUUAUUUCUUCUUAUUAUUCUUUCUUUUUAUUUCCUUUCUUUCUUUCUUUCUUUCUUUCUUUCUUUCUUUCUUUCUUUACUUCUCUUCUUAUAUCGAUAUUUUUCAAACACAAAUUUAAAACUUAUUCUGUUCUUCAAUUCUUCUCACGAUUUCAAUAAAUGCAUUAUCUAUCUAUCUAUCUAUCUAUCUAUCUAUCUAUCUAUCUAUCUAUCUAUCUAUCUAUAUAGAGAAUCUCUGAAUUAUAAAUACCACUUUUCUUUCGUAUUAUAUAUAUAUAUAUAUAUCCCACUCUUUUCAUUAUCUAUCUAUCUAUCUAUCUAUCUAUCUAUCUAUCUAUCUAUCUAUCUAACUCGCUAG